AAUAUCAAAAGUGAGGAAAUGUUUUUUCUCAGUCAAAAUUCAAAAUUAAAAAAAUUUCAUAUUUUGGAUAAAACAUUUGUUUUCUCGGCCCUUCCGCCAUAAAAGCCAUAUUUGCUGGAUAAAAAUAAGAGCAUUAGCACUCCAAAGCCGCGAUUUAGACAGACAACUAACUGGCCAGGGCCAACAUUAAUAACAGCAAUCAGGGGAAAGAAACGCUUUUCUUGCAACAAACUUUUAAAGAGGAGUAAUGAAAAAUAAAGAUGGUAAAAGUUCGAGCAGCAACAGUCCAAAUAACAACAGCAAUCAACCGGACGUUGAGGGUUGCAAUUUCGGACUGAAGCCCUUCGAGCUGUUAUAUCUGUGGUAUCCGAAUCAGGAGAGUGUAAAUCACCUCGAAUAUAUACGCCGGCUGGAGUGCGAGUUCACAUGUCUGCAGCGAGCCUUCCUCACACUCACCACACAAUUUGCACGUUUGCAAUUUCGCAUACGGCAAAUCAUACAAGCCGAGCCCAGUGAAUGGUCAUCCCUCUUGCUCGAAUUGGAGCAUCUCGCAUUCAAUCCUGAUGAAGAAAAAGAUGACUUACCGCCAAUUAUGCGGGAUUCUAUAAAUAUGGGUGAUGUACGACGUAAACAACAUUUCAUACUGGAGCAACUACGUCAGCAGUUGUGUACGCUCGCGGAGGCGCAAAGUUGGAAGCCCGAACCGGAAUUAAACGCCGAACCACCCGCACCCGGUUCGGUUAACGAGGUCAUGUGUUGCUGCAUAAGAAAGAAGCGAAAGCCACCACCAGUGCCUCAAGAGCUGGCAACAGCCGAAAACGAAGACAAUGCUUAUAUGAGAAAAACGGAAUCGAAAUAUUCUCAAGCCCCCGCCGGUACGGAUGGCGAAAGCGAAAAGGCACCUUCAAGAAAUUCAAGUAUUAAACAGAGAGUAUCCAUUGCUAACGAAGAAGCACUGGCUUUUUCAUGUGAUGGCGCCAAUUCAGUUACAGCAUCGUCUAUACGGUUCGGUAUGUGUGAGGAGAACGGAGCUCCUGUUAGACAGCCAAAACCAUGCAACUGCAAAAAAAUGAUAAAACCAAAUACUGACCGCGAAACAGAGUAACAAACAAGCCGAAUGAGAAGACUUAAUAAUCCCCAAACCAGUUCAUAGAUUUCGUUAGCGAAACUCUUUCUUAUGACUUUUGCUGUUCACACAGCCUACAAUUGCAUAUUUUCCUAACCUUGGUUUAAACAUAAGAUACGUUGAAAAAUAUAUUUUAUAAAAUAUCUUUAUAUUUAAUAUCCUUAGACUGCUGAUCCUUACAAUAAAAGUAUAUUAACGGAUUGUUUAUAACCUAA